AUUUCCUGCUGCAGAGACUCCUUGAAACAGCUGCCCCGCUUUCGAGUGUCAAAGCCCGUCGGGCUUCCUUCGGAUCAGUUGCUUUGCUGCCGUCGUGCCUAGAAAUAGGACCCCGGAGGGCAGCUGCCGAGGCCGGCCGAGGCGUGCAGCAGCUCGGGGGCUCCGGCGGAGAGAGGCGAAGGCAGCGCCAGACGGCUGGCGCGAGCGGCCAGGCACGACCUCCUCCCGGGGCAGCCAGCCGGCGCGCGGCUACGGUUUGGGCGAAGUAAUACUUCGAGGGAGGCGGAGGCGGAGGCGGAGGAUCGAGCGCGCCGAGCCCGAAGAACCGUCUGCAAGAGGGAGCUAGAAGAGGAGAGAGGGAGAUCGGCUCGCCAGCCAGGAGCACAUCAUGACGGACGCGCCGGGGCGAUGCUGGCAGGGGAACUUUUGACUAUGGUGAGGAGGAGCCGCUUCGCCACAUGGGGAACGCGCUGUUCUGAUCGCCGGCAGGAAUUGGGGCGAGGGGGAUCUCGGGCUGUCGCUGCCUGCGUGCUGAGGAGAAAACCCCUACAGCACAUGCCAUGAAGGAAGAGAACUUUCUUCGGCGCAGGUUCUCGCUCUGCCCUGCUGCAUCCACUCCUCAGAAAAUUGAUCCUCGCAAGCUGACCCGGAACUUGUUUUUUGGGGCCGAUAAUGAGAUCUACCCGAUCAGCCCAGGGAAAGACAUGGAAGGAAACAGCUUGUCCAUACUGAAGGAUGAGGUUCCUCAGACGCCAAACUCUAUUAAUAAGACGGAGUUCAAAUUUUGCAAUGGCUCUGAUAAAGAGUGUGUAUCUCCUACUGGCAAAAACAACAAGAAAGAAACAUUGAAGGUGCAGAAGAAAAAUUACAGGCAGGAGAAGAAAAGAGCCACCAAGCAACUCUUCAGUGCUUUGAAAGAUCCCAGUGUGGUCAUUAUGGCAGAUUGGCUCAAGAUUCGUGGAACUUUGAAAAGCUGGACCAAGUUGUGGUGUGUGCUGAAACCUGGAGUGUUGCUGAUCUAUAAAACACCAAAGGUUGGGCAGUGGGUGGGGACCAUCUUGCUUCAUUCUUGCGAGCUGAUCGAAAGACCUUCCAAAAAAGACGGCUUCUGCUUCAAACUCUUUCAUCCUCUGGAUCAGUCCAUUUGGGCUGUGAAGGGUCCAAAGGGAGAGAAUGUGGGUUCCAUCACGCAACCUCUUCCCAGCAGCUACUUGAUCUUCAGAGCAGCUUCUGAAUCAGAUGGCCGAUGCUGGUUGGAUGCCCUGGAACUGGCCUUGCGUUGCUCCAGCCUCUUCAGGCUCAGUGCAUCCAAGCAGGGGAAGGAUGGAGAUCUGAAUUGCUCGACUGAUUCUUCACACGCUGGGCUUUACAACCUAUUACACACAGCUACAAUCUCGGAUCAGGAACUUUUCCAUCUUAAUGAAUCGGCUCUGGAGAACCAUCACCUGGAGAAUGAUGCAUUUUCAGACAAAUCUGAAAGAGACAACAUUGAAGAGUCUGAGAAUGAGAUGCACGAGAACAGCCGGAAGACCAAUGAGAGUGAAAGUGAUCAGUCUGAAAUCCAUGGGGAGUUGUCCCAGGAAAAGAAAGGAACAACAUACUUAGAACAGAACUAUGAAGAAUUUGGGGAGACAGGUGAAUGCUCUCAAACAGAAACGGUGUCUGAUGAAAACAAGAGCUUGAUGUGGAUCCUUCUGAAGCAACUGCGGCCGGGCAUGGACUUGUCCCGUGUGGUUCUGCCCACGUUCAUCUUAGAGCCACGCUCUUUUCUCAACAAGCUCUCCGAUUAUUACUAUCACGCCGACCUACUUUCCCAAGCUGCUCUUGAAGAAGAUCCAUAUUGUCGAAUCAAACAAGUCUUGAGAUGGUACCUAUCCGGCUUUUAUAAGAAGCCAAAGGGAAUAAAAAAGCCAUACAAUCCCAUUUUGGGAGAGACCUUUCGUUGCUGUUGGUUUCAUCCGCAGACGAACAGCCACACGUUUUACAUAGCAGAGCAGGUUUCUCAUCAUCCUCCUGUAUCAGCCUUUCAUGUCAGUAACAGGAAGGAUGGAUUCUGUAUUACUGGCAGCAUUCUAGCGAAAUCUAAGUUCUAUGGUAAUUCACUUUCAGCAUUAUUGGAUGGACAAGCUAAGCUUACGUUUCUAAGCAGUGGGGAGGAGUACGUCAUUACUAUGCCUUAUGCACACUGCAAAGGAAUUUUAUAUGGUACCAUGACAAUGGAGCUUGGAGGGAAGGUUACCAUUGACUGUGAGAAAAGCAAUCAUCGGGCAGAAUUGGAAUUCAAGUUAAAGCCAUUCUUUGGUGGCAGCACAAGCAUUAAUCAAAUCUCGGGGAAGAUUAAAUCAGGAGAAGAAGUGCUGGCAAGCCUCGAUGGACACUGGGAUGGAGAAGUAUAUAUAAAUGACCUGAAAAAUGGCAGCACAGAGAUUUUCUGGAAUCCAACCAGUGAGGUCCGAAAACAGAGACUGAAGCGUCACAUUGUGUUGUUUGAAGAACAAACAGAGUUUGAAUCUGAGAGACUCUGGCAGCAUGUGACAAGUGCAAUCAACAAAGGAGACCAGAACAAGGCAACUCAAGAGAAGUUUGUGUUGGAAGAGGAGCAGCGGAACGUAGCACAGGAACGGAAGGAGAAUGGGACGGAGUGGAAGCCCCUGCUCUUCUGGCAUGAUCGCACCACGAACGAAUGGCACUACAAAUAUGAAGAUUUAAGGCCCUGGGACCCUUUAAAUGACAUUGCCCAGUACGAAAAGGAUGGCAUACUUCAAACCAUGCAGCGGCACUUAUCCAAUAGAAUGUCAACUCACAAAAACAUGUGUAUCAGCAACCAAGUUGCACGGCACAAGAGGUCUGCACAUGAUUGUAGACGGCGUAAAGCCAGCGACCAACCAUCCAACAACAGCCAAAAUACUGAAAGCAGCUGUUCGACACCAGAGUCUGUGCAGGAACUUUCAGAUGACGAUGGUUUUGAAAGUCCAUGUACUCAGUGUGGGAAAGAAAGCAACCAUUUGAAGGAAAUUCACACUGCUGUCUUAUCCCUCCAGAGAGCCCAACAGGAUAUACACAGGAACCUCACUGCUCUGAACAAAAAGUCGCUCUACAGGAGGGGCUCAUCAGAAAACCUCUUCCUGGACUCUCGCUGUUGGUUUCUUCUGUGCAUCUUUCUAACGUGUCAGCUAUUCAUUAAUUAUGUGUUCAAAUAGAAGUACUGCAUUUGGCAGCAAUAAAAGUGACCAGCUGCAAGAACGGGAAGACUGAAUUGCAAGGAGCCCAUGGAGGCACCAAGCACUUUAAUACCUACGCAGUCAGGGGCGGAAGGAAGAGAGAACAAAGUUAACCAGGGAACCGGCAAAGUUUUGUUCUUCAGAUUAAUGUCAUUGCCUUUUUACAUGUACAUCUACAAGGACCUCUUUACCUGUAUGGGCCUUAAUGCUAAAGCCAAAUGUAGCUUUAAUUGUGCAAUUUUGUUUUCUAUGUCUUGUCAUUUUCUGAUGCAACUAAAUUUUACCAACCAGUAUUGGAGCCCCCACCCUCUUAACACUAUACACAUCUACUUGGUUUUAUAAAAUGGUUCCUAGUGGCUUGAUUUGUACCUCUUCUAUAGGUGGGGGGGGGCAUUUUGGCAUCAAUCAAGAUGCCUUCUAGAUUAAUUCACGUACAGAAGGGAACAUCAGGCAGCCAUGAGAAAAUUAAGCCAAUUAGGUACAGAUAGCACAGCUUCUCCUUGGAUCUCCUGGUCAGGGCUCUCACAAACUGAAUCCCUGUGAUCAGGGUACCACCCUCCAUUUCACAAAGAUUGUAAAUAUGCAUGAUUUCUUAAAGCCCGCCCCUUUUUAUGGAGAUAUGAGGCCUCAUACACAACCAGUAAUAUCCUAAACUAUGUCCAUCAGGCCAGAGGGUCAAACAUGUCUGCUUAUGAAUCCGUUGUUUUUACAUUGGUUAAAACAUACACUCGUAAGUAAUGUAUAAAAGAAAUGCCUCUGAAAUGUACCAUUAUUCCAAGAUGGGUGGAUAUGGGUGUAGAAGCACUUCUGUAUAUAAGUAAUUUUGUAUGUCACAAAAUCACUAGAGUACUGGGGCACAAUGGGCCUAUCUUGUGACAUAGGAGAGUUUUUGUCCAUUGAUACAUAUGUAUGCGGGGUACUUCUCUGAGCAGGCGCAGACAAUUGCUCCAACAUAUGUCUGAAGCAAUCACUUGCAGCCAGUCAGUUCAGCUUCCGUUACUUUGUAUCAAAGGGCACCUGCUUUCUAGAAUCGCAGAGGGGGCCCAUCUCCUGCACAGGGGCUGAUCCUGUGAUUAUGUGAAAGCACCCGGUGUAUGUCGUUUGGUCUUAGGUACAUUUAAAGGUUAACGGUCAGGAAUAGUAAGGGUUUGCCACUGCAUCCUUUGAAUCUGUUGAUAGUCUUCCUAUUUUUACACCAUUUUUAAAAGAUUUGCAAUAUUUUAUGUAGACUCACAGCCAGUACUAAGCCUUUCUUUUCUGGCCUGAAGUAGUUCCAAGUGGUAAGUACUGAGAAAAUUAUAUAUAUAUAUAUAUAUAUAUAUAUAUAUAUAUAUAUAUAUAUAAAAGGCCUUAAAAUAUUUAGUGGUGGUGCCAGUCUGGGCUAACUUUCAAUGUAAAUGUUUCCAGAUUUUUAACUACAUUCCUUGUGAUGUUCCCUCAUUAGGGGAAAACUUGUUUGUGCUUGAUACGUUGAAAUAAAUUACACAACUUUCACUUACAA